CAUCAGGCACCAACACCACAACUAUCUUCAAUAUUGUUGAAUGAUGGCAUCCCACACUACCCUUGAAGAAAAAUUUGACGAGCUACAAAAAGCAGAGGAAACACCCCAAAUUUCAGCACCAAAGAUACAAAAAGUGUCAGAGUAUCUCAGAAACAGAAAAGAAUUUAAGAAGUAUUAUUUACCCAGGUUGGUGUCAAUAGGUCCUAUCCAUCAUGGCAAUGCAAAUCUCAAGUUAGGAGAGAAGUACAAGCUUAUGUGGGCAGCACAAUACAUCAAAAACACCAGACGCAUUGCACAGGAUCUACACAAAAAAAUUGUAGAUAAAAUUGAUGAAUUGAAGGGUCUUUUUGCCGAGGAUGUUUUAACUGCUACCAAAGAGUCUCUAAAAGGCUUCAGUAGCCUUGACGAAAAGUUGUCAUGGAUUUUGUUCAUAGAUGGAUGUUCUCUGCUGUAUUUCUUGGCGGCAAUGAAUGCCGACGAUAAUGCAGAGGAAAUUUUGAUUAUUAAGCUUGAUCAGCUGUCUGUUGUGAUGACGGAUGUACUUUUGUUGGAGAAUCAACUUCCUUAUCUUGUACUGAAGCUGUCGUGGAAAAAUGACAAUGAGACAGGAUUGAAUGAAAUCAUGGAGAAUUUCGUCGAAUUUAAUCUUUGGGGCACAGCAUAAAACGAGACUUAUAAAUCGGAAGUAACACCAAGAAUUUCGUCAAAUGUCAUAAUUGGGACAUGCUAGAUAUUAAGAGGACCUGGGUGUCAGUCAGGUCACGCAUUCAAGGUUGUUUUGAGGUUCAGAACAAAAAGAAAAACGAAGAUGAACAAGAAGAGGAACAACAACACAGUGAAGUGAUAUCAAUACCAAAUGAGUUUGAGUCACCCACUCAUCUUCUUGAUCUUCAGCUUAAAAUCAUCCUCAAGGUACAAGUUAAUGAUAAAAGUUGUGCAUUGACAAACGUAAAAAUGGUCAACUAGGUUAUUUAUUUUAUGACGGAAUGAGUACUAUGUAUAUGUUGUUUUUAAAAGAUAGCUGACACUUAUUUUGAAAACAUCAAUUUUUUAUUUUGUUUUAUUUUUAAUUCUUAUAAAAAAAUUCAACAAGUUUUCGUCCUCAAAUAUUCUGUCA